GGGCGGAAGAUGACAAUCAUUCAUGAAUCUGGUUUCACAGCCGAAGACUAUAAACAGUAUAAACCCGUUGUCUACAGUAAUACGGUACAAUCACUUGUUGCCAUACUUCGGGCUAUGGCCAAUCUUUCCGUGCCAUUUGGUUCUUCAGAACGGGAGGUCGAUGCAAAACUUGUUAUGGACGUUGUCGCCCGGAUGGAAGAUACGGAGCCAUUCAGUGAGGAAUUACUGUCGGCAAUGAAAAGGCUAUGGGCCGAUAGUGGUGUACAAGAUUGCUUUGCUCGAAGCAACGAGUAUCAGCUCAAUGAUUCGGCCAAAUAUUUCCUAGAUGAUCUAGAACGAUUAGGUGAAGCAAGUUAUCAGCCGACAGAGCAGGAUAUUCUGCGAACCCGUGUCAAAACUACUGGUAUCGUCGAAGUCCACUUUACUUUCAAAAAUCUUAACUUCAAAUUAUUCGAUGUGGGUGGCCAACGAUCGGAGCGGAAAAAAUGGAUUCAUUGUUUCGAGGAUGUGACGGCUAUAAUCUUCUGCGUUGCCAUGUCCGAAUACGACCAAGUGCUCCAUGAAGAUGAAACUACGAAUCGAAUGCAUGAAUCUCUGAAACUAUUCGACUCGAUCUGUAACAAUAAAUGGUUCACAGAUACGUCGAUUAUCCUGUUCUUGAACAAAAAGGAUCUCUUUGAAGAGAAAAUCAAGAAAAGCCCGCUCACCAUUUGUUUCCCAGAGUAUUCAGGUCGGCAAGAUUACCAUGAGGCGUCCGCCUACAUUCAAGCACAAUUUGAAGCGAAGAAUAAGUCUGCUAAUAAGGAGAUCUACUGUCAUAUGACAUGCGCAACAGACACGACAAACAUCCAAUUUGUGUUUGACGCCGUUACGGACGUGAUCAUCGCCAAUAAUCUUCGCGGAUGCGGCCUCUACUAG